AUGGUAUCUGAUUUAAAGGAACUAAUGAAUAAGGUGUUUUCUAACCGGAGGAAUCAGUUUACAGACCACAACUGGCUGAAAACCUGUGCCAUUUUAGCUCUAAAAAAUGUGGCAGUUGAUGAUUUGAACUUUAAACUUCUGGAACAGUUGCUAGGUGAGCGUCACAUGUAUAAUUCCAUUGACACUGUACUCAACGUUGAUGAAGCUGUGAAUUAUCCAGUUGAAUUCUUGAAUAGUCUAACACCACCUGGCCUCUCACCUCACAACUUGCACCUCAAGUUUGGGGCACCGGUUAUGCCGCUUCAAAACCUCGAUGCACCAAAGCUUUGCAAUGGCACACAACUUAUAAUAUAG